CCUUGUUAAUUCCAUUGAUGAUUAAUUGGAAACACUGAAGUAAUUAGAAAAAAAUGUCACAGCUUUUGUAUAUAUAGGGUCUGUGGGCAUUGUAUUUUACCAUUAUUCAGAGAAAGAGAAAUAAAGAAGCGUCAAAAGAGGCAAUAUGGGAUCUUUAGUUUUCUUCUUUGGUGUGGUUCUGGCUCUUUCGAGCGUGUCCUGUACGUAUAUCAGCCCCUAUGGCGGCGGAAUAGGAGGGAUCCAAGGUGGUUUUAUCGGCGGACCUCAGGGCAUGAUUGGCGGGUACCGCUACGGCAUGAUCGGCGGAAGGGGAUAUCCAUAUGGCGGUGGAUAUGGCGGCAUUGGUGGAUAUGGAGGAUAUGGCGGGAUUGGAGGUGGCUAUGGUGGCAUUGGAGGUGGCUAUGGCGGGAUUGGAGGUGGAUACGGUGGAAUCGGAGGUGGAUAUGGUGGCUUAGGUGGAUAUGGUGGAAUCGGGGGUGGUUAUGGUGGAAUCGGAGGUGGAUAUGGUGGCUUGGGUGGAUAUGGUGGAAUCGGGGGUGGAUAUGGUGGCAAAAUGAAUUACUACUAAAUAAUAUAACUCCGGGAUUGGUUACCCUCAACUUUGACAAUUAGCAUGGCUGAUUCCAUCUGAUUAUGUAUAAAUUAUGUAGAUAUUUCAUAUUGAAGGCAUGAGAGCUGAAAUAAAAUCAGUUUCAGUUGA